AUGGCGGAAAAGAAAGACCAUUGGUCCACCGAGGCGUAUCAACACUCGGCCUCCUUCGUGCCGAAGCUCGCCACAAAGAUUUUACAGUGGCUCGAUCCGCAGAAGGACGAUGUGAUCCUGGAUAUCGGUUGUGGUGACGGCGUGAUCAACAUCCAGUUGCAAGACAUCCUGGCCCAGGGUAACGGCAGCAUUCACGGCACGGACGCAUCGCCGGCUAUGAUCGAGGCAGCGACACAAGCAGCUAGCAAGGCCGGUGCAUCGAAGUGUACCUUCGAAGUCGUCGACGCCCUUGAGCUAGCGCGGGUGCAACACCUACAGCGCGGGCACUUCACCAAGAUCUUCUCCAACGCAGCGCUCCACUGGGUCUUCGGGUCCUCCAGAGGCGACGCAGAGCGCCAAGCCUCAGUAUUCCGCGCAGCACGAGACGCCCUAGCUCCUGGCGGCAUCUUCGCAUUCGAGAUGGGCGGCCUCGGCAACGUAGCCGAGAUCCGGGCCGCGCUGCUGGGGGCCGUAACGCGACGCGUCGGGUUGUCUAAGGCGAUCGAGCACGACCCGUGGUUCUUCCCCGAUGAGGCGUGGGCCACGGAUAUGCUAGAGGACAAAGUCGGGGGGUGGAAGGUCGAGAGGGCGGAGCGUGAGUAUCGUCCUACGCAGGCUGGUGCGGGUGGUGUGGAGGGGUGGGUGAGGUUAUUCGGGGCGCAGUUUUUUGAGGCGCUGAGCGAGGGGAAGGAGAGGGAAGAGUGUAUUAAGGAGGUGGUGGAUGUUCUGGAGUUUGUGUGUAAGAAUCCGAGCGGUGGGUUUCAUCUAGGGUAUGUGAGGUUGAGGGUUUUGGCGAGGAAGUUAUAA